AUGGACGCCGACGGUCGCCUCCGGCGCGCGCUCGCCGCCUUCGGGGGCGGAGACGUGUGGGACCUCGUCGAUGCCGCGCUCGCCGCGGCCGCGCCAGCCGACCUCCGCGCGCGUCGUGACGGGAUCGUGGAGCGGCUCUACGCCGGGGCCCGCUGCCGCAAUUGCGAUGCCCCCGAGAGUCCACCGCAGCCGCCGCGUCAGCCGGCCGAGGCCGCUUCUCCGGCCUGGCAGGAGGAGGAGGAGGAGGAGGAGGAGGUGGCCGACGUGGAUGGCCUCGGCCUGGAGGAGGAGACCGACGAGGGCGGCGGCUUGGAGAGCAAGAUCCUGGCGAUCAAGGAUUUCUUGGAGGACCCCGACCAGUCGGAGGAGGAGCUCGUGAGCCUGCUGCAGAACCUGGCAGACAUGGACAUCACCUACAAGGCUCUCCAGGAGACGGACAUCGGCCGACAUGUGAAUGGCCUGCGCAAGCACCCUUCGGGUGACGUCCGGCAGUUAGUGAAGCUGCUCGUCAGGAAAUGGAAGGAGAUAGUGGACGGCUGGGUGCGGCUCCACAACUCUGGUGGUGACGGUGGAAAUUCGAUCCUAACUGAUGGUGACUCUCCUGAGAAGACUCAAGGCAAAAGCUACCAAAAUGCCCGGGUUUCAGACUUCAAGUAUACGCCCAGCCCACCACAGAGGCACAGUGGUUUGAGUUCAGAGCGGUCUAGGAAUAACAAUGGGUUCGAGUCGACACUGGAGAGGCAUAGAGCAAGCCCAGCUCCUACGUAUCAUACGAAGCAGAACAAUGGCAAUAACUAUUCAACUACUUCGUCAUCUGCUCCAGCUAGGGCGAUGAGGGAGCAGAAGGAUAAUCAUUUGGACGAGAAGCUCGAUUCAGCCAGAAAGAGGCUUCAAGAAAAUUACCAGGAAGCACAAAAUGCGAAAAAACAGAGGACAAUGCAAGUGCUGGAUAUCCACGACAUACCCAAGCCGAAAAAUAAAAACACCUUCAUCCGCAAGCCUGGUGGAGGUGGCCUCCCUGGCCGACAUCGGUGA